GACUCGGGGACCCACUCAGCCCCCCCCCCCCAAACACGCACACGCACACUCACCCCUCCUCCUCCUCCUCCUCCUCCUCCGCUUCCUCCUUCCUCUCCCUCCCGCGCUCGCUCUGACAGGAAAAGGCGCCUCUCGUCCUGAGUCUCUCUAGGAAGACGCCUCCCUCCUCGGUGGACUUCCGCCCGGGCUCAACAUGGCAGGCGCGGGCACGAUGCCCAGAGAGGGGCGGGGCUUCUCGGCAGUCGAACGGAGCUCUAGACAGAGAGAGACGCUCCUCCUUUCUUUUCCUCCCAACGCCCAAGAUCCGCCAAUGGGAAUCCGCCUCCCUCCCUGGCGUCAUCAGUCUCCGGGCAGAAUCUCCCCGGCCCUUUUCUUCGCCCGCCAAUGGGGAUCGGCCUCCAGGCAGACCCGCCUGCGCCUUCCCGCCUCCCUUUCCGGAGGAAGCGCCGGGCUGAGGCGGGGAAGGGAGGGCCGGGCCAGGAAGGAAGGAUUGGCGGGUCGUGUCGGGGAAGCAGCCUCCUCUCUCCGCCGCCGCUCGUUGACGUUUCCCCGCUUCCUAAUGCGUCGCUUGAGAACCUGAAGUGUAGGUCUGACGGGACUGGCGGUUUCCUCUUCUCUCUAGAGCCAGAGCCGUGGGCGGGGCUGCGGGUGACGUCACUGGGCGAGGGCCCGUGGGCAGCGCCGAGGCCUCAUCCGGGUGAGAGGUCAGUCUUGGCCUGACCUGAAGGGCGGAAAUCCCCGUGGGCGCCCAAAGGAAAGAGGAAAUGUGAUUUUGGGCUGAGAAUUUCGGAGUAGAGCCUGUGGAGGGAUUUCUUUCCCUUGAAAGAAAGAAGAGGGAGGAAAAACAUCUUGGAUACGGUUGGGUUCUUCACCAGAGUGGUUCCAACAUGGAGAGACCCAACUCACGUGGGCCUGAAGCAGGACCUGGGGGCAGUGGGGAAUCCUGGGAAAGAACCAGACAUGAGUCCCUGAGUGUGGACCUUGACAGCUCGGACACACAGCGCCAGCGCUUCAGGCAGUCCUCCUACCAAGAGGGUGAAGGACCCCGAGGGGUUUGCAGUCGUCUCCACGAUCUGUGCCGCCAGUGGCUGAAGCCAGAGCAGCACACCAAGGCCGAGGUGCUGGACCUGGUGACCCUGGAGCAGUUCCUGAGCAUCCUGCCCCCAGAGAUGGGGAGCUGGGUCCGAGAGUGUGGGGCAGAGACCUGUUCCCAGGCGGUGGCCCUGGCGGAAGGCUUCCUCCUGAGUCGGGCCGAGGACAAGGAGCAGGAAGGACAGGUGUGAGCAUUCCCUCUGGGUUUCACUAACCUGGGGACUGAUGGACAGGUUAAACGUACACCCUGCCUUUCUUCCAAGAUGGGACCGAUGUGGGGGAUAAGCAAGGCCCUGCUCCCUCGACCUCUCUCCCCACCUGCUCUGCCCCUCCAUCUCUACCCUCAGCUUGGUUGAUGCUCUGCUCAAGAUAGAACAUAGACAAUGAUGGGAGGGGGAGGGGGGCAUUGGUUCCAAACUAGGUUGCCAUCUCAGAGUUAUUCUUUCCAAAAAGGUCUAGAGGUCUGUGAUAUUUCUGAACUUUUUCCAAACUCCUUCUGGAACACUCUGUGCUAUUCCAGGCCCAUAAUAAUAACUCCAUGGAAGUCCCUGCACCAGAGGAAUCUCCACCAGACACCACCCAGAGUCUCAGGCAGAAGGAGCUGAAGCGGGAAGGAGACGGGGCUGCCGCCUUGCAGGGUGAGAAGGAACUCUUCUGGGAGUUUUGGGGGUUUGUGCCAGUGGAAAUCCCGCUUUGGGGGGAUGAUUGUACACCCACGGUUUGAGCUUCAGAAGGUGAAGUAUCAUUUGGCCUUGAGAUGGGUAUAUAUCUUAAACUCAUGUCCUUUGUGUGAUGUUUUAUGGACUUAAUAUGUAUUUUAUAGAAAGGCAGUUUUAAUGUAGAUCUUUUAUAGUUAUAUAUAUAUCUUUGUUGAAUUUUGACAAUGUUUGUGUUUUUAAAAUUAUGUUGUAACCUCCCUCGAACUGCAAGGAGAGGCGAGUAAGAAAUAAAAUUAUUAUUAUUAUUAUUAUCAUUAUUAUUGUUAUUGUUAUAUGUACACAUUCAGUUGCUAGAGGUGUAACUUCAGUUUGAUUUGCAGUUUUCUUUCUUGCAAUAGGACUGAAAACGCAGCCUUCAGUGUCUUCCCAGGUGGGACCCUAAGCUGAGCCGAGCCCUGAAACUGAGCUGGAAGACAAACAGACGACAAAGAAUCACUUUAGUCAGUUGAACCACCAAGCCCAAUACUAGUUUCAUUCGAACAUCCUCACAGCACUGCUUGCGAGAUAAAGUCCUAAACCCUAACUCAUCGGUUUCUUUAUAGGACUGCAAUUGUCACCUCUGAGGCCUGUUUCUGUGACCAGCUUUCCACCCCUUGCUUUCUCUCCAGGGUCUGGAAUGAUGCUGUUGCCAAAUCCUCAGCCGUUUCUCCCCCUUUGCGAUGGAGUGGGACUGAGUCAGGUAAGCAGAAGGAUUCCUGGGAGAGGAGGACUGGGCCUGCUGGGGUGCCUUUGGUUCCAGGAUUAAUGGCCAAAUAUCUGUUGAAACAGACAAGAUGGAAUGCGUUUCCUUAGAAGUGAAAUACGGAAGGUACAAUUGCAAACCGUGCCAACAAGGAGGGAAAAAAUGAAGAGAGAACUAAAGAAACCAGAAUCGAUGUUCAAAGAAAUUUCAACGGAGCUAUGAUUGAAAAGGGCAUGGAAAUGGAAAGGGGGGGGGAUCACCAAGGAAUGUAAACAACUAAUCAGCAUAAGUAGGGAAAAAGUCUAACUCAGAAAAUGAGGUCAGAUGAAAAAAUGUGCCAAGAGUAGGGUCUGUGCCUGGAGAAGGUGGUGGAAUGCUAACCGGGGAUAGGCAAGAGUUAGAACAUGAUCUCCCAAAAGGAAAUGGGUAUUCUACCUGAGCAAGAUGGAGCAACUGGGGAAAUGCAACCCAAAAUGGGUAAAGAAGUGGUCCAGGAAUACCUGGCCACUCUCGAUGAAUCCCAGUCUCCAGGGCCAGGUGAACUACAGCCAAGGGUAUUGAACUAACAGCAGUAAUCCCAGAACCACUGUCAAUCGUCUUUGUUCAUUUUUGGGAACAGGAGAAGUCCCAGCAGGCUGGAGGAGGCAAAAGUUGUCUCUGUCUCCAAGAAUGGACCAAAAAGAGGUCCCCUAACAAUGACCAUCCAGUUAUCUUGACUUGUCCCAUAAGCAGUUGGAGCAGCUGUUUAGACUCCCGAAUGUUUAUAAGGAGGAGAUCGUUUGAUGUGGAUCGAUAAUAGUUAUAGAGGGAGCGGAUCUGUUUGUUUGCUAUUAUGCACUCUUUAUCGAACCAAUUUUUGGAUCUGACCCUGGGUUGCCUCGGCAUUCUUUGCCAAUCGUAUAGUUUUUAAAAGAUAGGUUUUAUAAGGGAUUCAAACCCGGUGAUGCCUCCUCGAAAUCUGGGAUUUCAAUGAUCAUAGUUUCUAUGGACAACACUUCCUAAGAGUUCAAGAUAUCCAGGCACACCCCUUUUGUCUUAACGUUCCGCUUCAGCCUGGUGUAUUGUGGGUAGGCUUGUCCAGGUGGGGAAGUGCUGCUUCUCUCCAAAACCAGGAGAAGUGGGAGAUAGAUGAUCACUAAGCAAGGAAUUGUCUAUAGCAAAUGAAUCAAUGUCACUAGCUAUGGAGGAUGAAGUCAGAAGAUAGUCUAUGACACUAGAGCCCCUUGGUGAGACCAAUGUAUAUUCUCCAGAGUCAGGAAACUGAGUAAGUCCAUUUAGCCGAGACAGGUUGAGCUGCGUGGCCAUUUUGGUCAGGCACUUUCCGGCUUGGUUUCACGCUUGGUCCUUAGAGUGUCGGGCUUCUGGUGUCAGGAGAGAGUUGAAGGGAUCUUCCUCCAGGCCCUCUUCUCUCAACACAUUUAUUCAACUAGAUCCUACCCUUGCAUUGAAGUCACCCGUUAUCUUGACCUAAAUAACAGGAAAAAUGUUGGAGCAGAUCAUGAAGAAGGCCAUCUGGAAUCACUUGGGAAAAGUGCUGUAAUCACUGAAGGACAAGAUGAGUUUCUCCAAAACAAGUCAUGCCAGACUAAUGUACUUUUCAGUAGAGCUACAAGCUUGGUAGAGGAAGGAAAUGCAGUGGAUGUAGCACAUCUUGCUUUCAGUGAGACCUCUGGAAAGGCCUCCCAUGGUUUCACAAACAACUAGUAAAAAGUGGGCUGGAUAAUACUCCUGUUCGGAGGAUUUGUAAUGGUUUGAGCGACAAAGGGUGGAGUGUCGCAGGGUUCUGUCCUGGGCCCAGUACUGCUCAACAUGCGUAUCAGGUUUUCAGAUGACACCAAAUUAGCAGGUAUAGCUGACAGUCUAGAAGAUAGGAUCAGAAUUCAAAAUUCUGGCCUUAACAUGGUGGAGAGCUGGGCCAAAACUAACCCACUUAAUGUCAACAAGAAUAUAUGUAGAGUAGUACACUUAGGCAGGAGAGAAAUGCCAUGCACAGGUACAGGGUGGGCGACACCUGGCUUGACAGUCAUUCAUAUGAUGGGAUCUUGGAGUGUUAGAGGACUACAAGUGGAACAUGAGCCAACAAUGUGAGGCAGCAGAUGAAAAGACAAUGGGAUUUUGGGCUCCAUCCUAAGGAAUAUUGUGUCCUUCUUUCUGCUUUGGGGAGACCUCACCUGGAACAACACUGUGUCCAGUUCUGGGCACCACAAUAAAGGCUGGAACAUGCUCAGAUUCCAUUUCUGAUUCUACGUAUCAAUUGAGAAAUGGUUCUGACUGACCAACCCGUCAUCUCUAGAAAGCUUACAACUGUGGCAUGUAGGCCUUGGCCCUUUCCCUUUCAAACAACCAACAGGAAUGUAAAUCUACUUUAAAGAAUUUCUUGUUAUUCUUUUUCUUGAUCCCUCCCAUGUGAGAAGGGAAUCUUUUCUUCUUCCGCCAGGGCCCAAUCGCCUUUGAGGACGUGGCUGUGGAUUUCUCCCUGGAGGAGUGGGUUCUCCUGAAUCCGGACCAGAAAGCCUUGCACAAGCAGAUCAUGGAGGAGAUGAAUGGGAUUGUGGACUCUCUUGGUAAGGCUCCCUCACUGAUGGGGAUUUCUGUUUCAAAAGGCAGUAUUAUCCUAAAUCAUCACAGUCACUGAGGGUCUGUAAGGCAGGGCUUAUGUCAGAAAUAUGUGACAUAAGAGUAACAACAACAACAACAACAACAACAAUAAUAAUAAUAUAACAUUAGUGCCAAUUCAGACUCAAGUGGGAAGAUUACCAUAACUGGAGUCAAAGCAUAUUCCCCCUCUCUCAAAUAUAUUAUAUAUUACUGUAUUUUAUAUUGUACAUUAUAUACACUAUAUAUAUGUAAUAAAUAUUAUAUUAUUAGCAUAGCAUGUUACUAGGGGGAGGGCCCCAGAGCAUCAGUUGGGCCUCCAACUGAUGGCACAGUAGACAAGAUGGAACUGUCUUCCUGGUUCCCCCUCUCUCCUAACGUUUCGCCCGUAUUUAUGGCAGGUAUCCUGAGAGGUGGGAGGUAUAUUGGAAACUAGGCUAGUGAGGUUUAUAGAUCUGUUUUUCCCAUAUACCUGACAACCUCUGAGGAUGCCUGCCAUAGAUGCAGGCAAACAUCAGGAGAGAAUACUUCUGAAACAUAGCCAUACAGCCCAGAAAACAUGGCCAUACAGCCCAGUGUUUACAAAACACACUAACUACAUUUCUUAAUAGUCAAUGACUGGGUCUGAGCUACUCUCUGUUUCCAUCUCUUCUCGGAUUUAAAAGGGAGGGAAAAAUUCCAAGCCCUACAUCUCUCCUGAGACACAAGCAGAGAGAGGUCUCAAUGCACACAGCACACACGGAGAUAUAAAAGUCAGAAAUCUUGCACUAUUCUACAAAACUAAUCAGAAUGAGAGAAAGAGAGAAAGAAACAGAGAAAGAACAAAUAGAUACAUCUCAACUGUCAAUCAGGAGACAAGGGGGAGGGAUUCCCCCAGCCUGUUCUGAAACUAGCUCCCUGUUUCUCAUUGGGGACUGCAGACUUGAGCAGCGUGGGGUUGAAUCACAACAGAUGGAUCAGCAGCUCUUUCCUCUGGUCCAGUCUUGUCCUUUCUCCCAAACUGGGAUGGUGUGGAGGCCGUCUCUUCUCUCUCACGUGGGAUGUUACGUGGAUGCCACUCUAUCUGGCCAAGUCCUACAGACAUCCCUUUUUUGUUCCCUUUUCUGCCUUCAUCAUUGUUCUCCACCUUUUCUUUACUGUCACGGUUUUGCACGUUCACAGCUUUGUCAGGCAAAUCUAUCCCUUUGGAACUCAUAUUUACAGCCAACUUCCAUAAAGUGUAAGAGUCCCAUUUGGCAGUUGAUGGGAGAAGUGUAUCUGUAUUGUCAUGGGGCCAAUUCCCAGAGCUGAGUCUGCAAGCUCUGGAAUUGGAGCCAUAACAACAAGCACUCCUCGAUAGCUCAUGCAGACACCUGGCACCGGAGCAUGGGAACUUUUGGAGUGAGAAUCAAAACAGCUUUAAUGAAUAGUUGGUGUUGUAGUGGUAGUAAUGUGAUAUGUGGGGUGGGGUUUGGUGAUGAUAUUUACGUGUGGUGUGACGUUGUAGCAAAGGUGAUAAAAAUGAUUGUGUGUAAACAUUAUGUCAUUCUCGACUUUUCCAAAGUCGUGUGUUCUUCAAUAAAGAUUGGUUUUGAUAACAGCUACCUUUGGUCUGUGUUCAUGCUGGUCGUUUGAAGUAAGCGUGACAUGUAUCAUCCGGCGCAGUCUGUCUCCCACCGGGAUCCACGGCUGUUUCUCUCGGCAGCAACAUACAGUGGGUCUCUCUGUGCACCAGACACCUGCCAGGAGGGCCACUGAUCUGUGCAUGUGCUUUCUUCUGCGUGAGUAUGGCGACAAAGAGAAAGAAGGUCGUUGGAUCCAUGGAGCAGAAACCUGGACAAGGAGAGACAAGGCAGAAGGUAGCCAACAACUAUGGUGUCGAACGGGUAGCAGUAGGAGAAUGGAAAUGGAAUCGAUUGCAGAUAGAAAAAUGGUGUUCUCCAAAGUUACCGAUGGUGUGCUGAAAGAGAGGAAAACAAUGAAAAAUGUGACUAUGAAAAAGUUAUUGAAGCUUUGUAUGUUUGGUUUACGCAGCUGAGAGACAAAGGUGUGUGUAUUUCAGGGCCUAUUUUACAGCAAAAGGUAUUGCGUUUUCAAAAAGAAUUUAAUGAAGGGGAAUCAGAUUUUACAGCAAGCAUUGGCUCGACAGGUGGAAGAAACGUUAUGGAAUCCAUCAGUUAAGUGUUUGUGGUGAGAAGCUGUCAUCAAAUUUUCAAGAAAUAGAGGCAUUCAAGAAAGAAAUUCAAGGGGAAAAAAAUUCAAGACUUUGUUGAAACUGAAAGCCUAACGGGUGAUCAGAUGUUUGAUUGUGACGAGACCAGCCUCAAUUGCAAAAUUUUACCGAGCAGGAGUCUUGCAGCCAGAACUGAAGCAGCAGCCCCUGGCUAAAAGCACAGCAAAGAAAGGCUGACAAUGUUAGCAUGCAGCAGUGCUACAGCAAACCACAAAAUGGACCUCGCAAUGAUUGGGAAGCCCAAAAAUCCAAGAGCCUUUAAAACAGUUUCAAAAAAUGCUCUUCCUGUUAAAUACUACAAUCAAAAAGGUUUGUUGAUGACCAGUGAAAUGUUCAAAAGACUAUUAUUAUUAUAAUAACUAUAUUCCAUCCUAUCUCCCCAAGGGGACUCAGGGCGGAUCACAAUACACAUACACGGCAACCAUUCAAUGCUGUUUGGAGACAGGACAGAAAAGAAUAAGACAAACAGAAGGAGGUACGUAGUCUUGAAGUCCAGGUUUUUGGUGCCUUGGAGGCUGAUGUUCUGCUCAGAUUCAGUCACAGGGGUGCUGUUGCUUCAUUCUCUGUGACAAAGAGCCAUCAGAACUUCCUCCUUCCACCUUCCUCUUGGUCACCGCAUUUCUGGUCUUGUUCUUUAUGGUGUUUUAAAAUACCUCCCCCACAAUUUGUGUUACCUCAUUUCUCUAUUUACAGCUUGUAAACUGUUUUCGAACUGCUUAGGUAAACAGUGAGCUGGGUUGGAGGUCGAGCGCUCACCCCCGUCCGGGCUUCAAACUGGCCACCUUUCGGUUGGUGGAUCUUAUUACUGCUGUUGAUUUACCAGUUGUGCUACAGCCCAGCCCUAAGGAAUUUGUUCCUUCCACGGAGGAAUUUUUGAAGGAAAUUUACCUGCCCAGGAAAGCGGUUUUGUUGCUAGACAAUGCCCCGACGCACCCUGAUGCAGAGGAGCUCCAAGAGGGGGACAUGAAGGCGAUGUUUCUGCCACCGAAUGUAACCGUCAUAUGCCAACCGAUGGAUCAGGGCGUUUUGGAAGAGCUCAAAAGGAACUAUUGCAGGAAGCUAUUCUCGGCAAGGAUAGAAGAAAUGGAAUAAGUUGAUCUCGCAAAGAUGGCGAGACUUGGCAGCGGAGAAAUGGCAAUCGCUGGAAAAGCAGGCAAGGGUCACAGAUUUUAAAAAAUCUUGACAAGACUGAACUUUUUAUGGAUUUAACUUCCAACAGUGUUGUUUUAUGCAAUUCUAUAUUUAUAGUCAAUUUUUUAGUAGUAAAUAUUUUUGUAGUCACUGCUUUCAAUACAUUGCUAUGUUUUGGUGCUAAAUUUGUAAAUACAGUGAUUUCUCCAUAAUGUUACCAUGUAUUGAACUGCUUUUCCUGUCAAUUUGUUGUAGAACAUGAUCUUUGGUGCUUAAUUUGUAAAAUCAUAAUGCAAUUUGACCUUUGAUAGGCUUUUCCUUAAUCCCUCCUUGUUAUCCAACAUUUUCACUUAUCCAAUGUUCUGCCAGCCAGUUUAUGUUGGAUCAUCGAGACUCUGCUCUACUCUGAAAUUAGUAGAUAACGGGGAGAAGAGCCAUGUAUGCACCAAGUACAGGAAGCAUUUGGGACACAACUGGGCCUUUCGUCGAGACCAGCAAGCCCACAGAGAAGAUGGAAGUUCUGCCAGAGAAAGGCCCGACAAAUGCAAUGUAUGUGGGCAGUGUUUUACCCAAAAUAUGGCACUUGUGCUUCACAAGACACUCGAUGUUGGGAAAAGCCAUCUUAAAGGGAAAGUAUCUGCAAAAUGUGUGGUGAAACACAAGAAAUUUCACACAGGUCAGGAACAAUACAGAUGCCAAGAGUGUGGGAAGUGUUUUGCUUCCAGUUCAGCCUUGGUGAGGCUCAAAAGACUCCACACAGGAGAGAAGCCACACCAAUGUCAGGAGUGUGGGAAAUGUUUUGCUGAAAGUUCAGCCUUGUUGAGGCACAAAAGAGUCCACACCAGGGAGAAGCCAUACAAAUGCCAGGAGUGUGGGAAAUGUUUUGCUUUCAGUUCAGCCUUGGUGAGGCACAAAAGAGUCCACACCAGGGAGAAGCCAUACAAAUGCCAGGAGUGUGGGAAAUGUUUUGCUUUCAGUUCAGCCUUGGUGAGGCACAAAAGAGUCCACACCAGGGAGAAGCCAUACAAAUGCCAGGAGUGUGGGAAUUGUUUUGCUUUCAGUUCAGCCUUGGUGAGGCACAAAAGACUCCACACAGGAGAGAAGCCAUACCAGUGCCAAGAGUGUGGGAAAUGUUUUGCUUUCAGCUCAAACUUGGCGAGCCACAAAAGACUCCACACAGGAGAGAAGCCAUACAAAUGCCAGGAGUGUGGGAAAUGUUUUACUGCCAGUUCAGACUUGGUGAAACACAAAAGACUCCACACAGGAGAGAAGCCAUACCAAUGCCAGGAGUGUGGGAAAUGUUUUGCUGACAGUUCAAACUUGAUGAACCAUAAAAGACUCCACACAGGAGAGAAGCCAUACAAAUGCCAGGAGUGUGGAAAAUGUUUUGCUGACAGUUCAAACUUGGUGAAACACAAAAGACUCCACACAGGAGAGAAGCCAUACCAAUGCCAGGAGUGUGGGAAAUGUUUUGCUGACAGUUCAGACUUGGUGAAACACAAAAGACUCCACACAGGAGAGAAGCCAUACAAAUGCCAGGAGUGUGGAAAAUGUUUUGCUGACAGUUCAGACUUGGUGAAACACAAAAGACUCCACACAGGAGAGAAGCCAUACCAAUGCCAGGAGUGUGGGAAAUGUUUUACUGCCAGUUCAGACUUGGUGAAACACAAAAGAAGCCACACAGGAGAGAAGCCAUACCAAUGCCAGGAGUGUGGGAAAUGUUUUACUGCCAGUUCAGACUUGAUGAACCACAAAAGACUCCACACAGGAGAGAAGCCAUACCAAUGCCAGGAGUGUGGGAAAUGUUUUACUGCCAGUUCAGACUUGGUGAAACACAAAAGAAGCCACACAGGAGAGAAGCCAUACCAAUGCCAGGAGUGUGGGAAAUGUUUUACUGCCAGUUCAGACUUGGUGAAACACAAAAGACUCCACACAGGAGAGAAGCCAUACCAAUGCCAGGAGUGUGGGAAAUGUUUUACUGCCAGUUCAGACUUGGUGAAACACAAAAGAAGCCACACAGGAGAGAAGCCAUAUAAAUGCCAUGAAUGUGGAAAAUGUUUUACUCAGAGUUCAUCCCUUGACCGGCACCAGAGAAUACAUACUGGCUAAAAAACAGCCAUUGUGGGUAAAUGUCUGAUUUCAAACAGGACCCUUUGAGAAGUUCUGCGUCAGAUUUGGUGAAGUCCCCGUUCUUGUCAUUUGAACCUGUAAGUUGGAGGUCUGUUCUCUGGAGCAGCAGAAAGAAAGCUCUGUGUGACAAUCCUUCAGAGCAGUGGUUCUCAACCUGUGGGUCCACAGAUGUUUUGGCCUUCAACUUCCAUAAAGCCUAACAGCUGGUAAACUGGCUGGGAUUUCUGGGAGUUGUAGGCCAAAACACCCGGGGACCCACAGGUUGAGGACCACUGCUUCAGUGUCAGUUCCUGGAAGGUGUAGGAGACAAAGAUAGGCUCACACAGCUUGUAGCUAUGGAAAACUUUAUUGAAUCCGCCUUGCCAAAAUGGCCGCAAAGCUUCUACUGCCCGUCUUCCGCUCUUUCCCCUCAGUAUAUUGGGUGGUUGCUUCCCUCCUCCCUUCACGUCUCUUCUUCUCCAUUCACACCUCCCUUUCCUUUUGUCCUUUCCCACGUUUGAAGACCAGACCCUGUCAUAAACCAGCCUUCCCAGCCAAAUUUAUCCGAUUUGUUGUAGUCAGGUGUGAAGAGAACAGCUUGGAGAAUGCUGAUCUUUUUGCAUCCUGACAUUCAGAGAGUUAAAUAUUAAGUUAAGUCUUGUCACCUCGUCUGAAAAGAAAUAAACCAUAAGUGAUUCCAUCACUUGUUCUUCUGGUCUUAGUUUCCAGCUCCAUUUCCACCUUGGUUUAAAUGUCCAGUUUGUGAACGUUGUGCCCCUACAGACACAUCCUCUGUUUUCCUCUUUAGUCAGGACUGGUCAGCUUGAAUAUUGUAAAUGGCCGUUAUGGGAGGGAUCCAGAGUGGGCCCCUUCCCUUUAAGACAGUGGCUCUCAACCAGUGGUCCACGGACUACCAGUGGUUCGCAAGAACUAAAAUACGGUCUGCCUUCUAAACUUCCCUUCCUUUGCUUUCUUUUCUCUUGCCCUUCCUUCCCUUUUCUUCCUUCUUUCCUUCUAUCCUUGUCUUCUUGUCCCUUCCUUUGCCUUCUUUUCUCUUGCCCUUCAUUCCUUCCUUUUUCUCUUCCCUUCCCAUCCUGCCCUUUGCUGCCUUUUCUCUUCCUCUUCCAUCCUUUUUCUCUUCCCUCCCUUUUCUCCCCUUUGCCUUUUCUCUUGCCCUUCUUUCCUUUUUUCUUCCCUUCACUUCAUUUCCUUUUCCUUCUUUUCUCUUGCCCUUCCUUUUCUCUUCCCUUCCUUCCCUUCCUUUGUCUACUUUUCUCUUGCCCUUCCUUCCUUUUCUCUUCCCUUCCUUCCCUUUGCCUUUUCUCUUGUCUUCCUUCCUUUUUCUUUCUCUUCCCUUCCCUUCCUUUGCCUUCUUUUCUCUUGCCUUCUUUCCUUGCUUUUUCUUUCUCUUCCCUUCCUUUCCUUUGCCCAUCAUAUGUUAUGGACUGGAGUAGAGUACAAUAUAUGUCUCAUUUGAUGCCUCAAGAACUUGAAUGCAUACUGUAAUUGUUUUUCCUUAAUCUGUUUAUCCUAUUAUGGUUAUAUUAUUGAUGUACUCUGAUUGUUGUUUAUGUGAGUUUAAUAUGUUGUAAGCCGCUUUGGGUCCAGUGAGGGAGAAAAGCAGGAUAUAAAUAAAGAUUCAUCAUCAUCGUCA